UGGACCUUGCUCGAGAAUGGAGACGUCACUCGAGACGAUGUCGAUUUAGGCUCAAUGCAGGGUGCAGCUGUGAAGGCAUGGCAUGGCGGGGUCGUUUGGUUGGCAGAUUCCUUCGGAGGACCUCUCCCACUCUCAACAACUUCAGCUCGAUUGACUUUUCUUCCAUUUACUAGAAUUGAACCCUCUUCACGCAACCGACAAUAUAAACAAUAAACUAUUCGAGCAAUUAACCAAUUGUCGCCUGUUUACAACACACAAUGUCUUCAGCGCCGUUCGAAGUGAAGUGGGGUAUCCUUGCCACAGGUGGCAUUGCAACCACAUUCACAAAAGAUAUCCUUACCAACCCUUCCACCCGCUCCGUCUCAGAUAUCAAGCACACCGUCGCCGCAGCCGCAUCCUCUUCCUCUCAAUCCCGUGCAUCUACCUUCCUCAAAGAAGUCGGCGCCCCCUCGUCCGCAAAGGCCUACGGCUCAUACGCAGAACUCGUCGCAGAUCCCAAUGUCGACAUUAUAUACGUUGCAACUCCACACUCUCACCACUUUCAAAAUGCAAUGCUCGCCCUGAAGGCAGGGAAGCAUGUCCUCUGCGAGAAGGCAUUCACCGUGAAUGCCGCACAAGCACGGAAGCUGGUCGAGACGGCGAAAGAGAAGGGAUUGUUUCUGAUGGAAGCUGUUUGGACGCGGUACUUCCCAUUGAGCAUCAAGAUCCGGGAAUUGGUCUCUACAGGUGUAAUCGGGAAGGUGCAUCGCGUCACAGCAGACUUGUCAAUCCCAACUGCAACCGAAGACGGAGGCCUGAAGUUCCCUGACGAGAACCGUAUGGUGAAUGUUGAUCUCGCCGGCGGUGCGCUCCUAGAUCUUGGAAUCUACUCCUUGACUUGGGUAUUCCAGAUCCUCUACCAUUGCCAGCCUACAGAUAAGCGGGAAAAGCCCAAUGUUUUGGCGAAUGUGCAGAAGUAUGCUAGGACUGGCGCGGAUGAAUCGACAAGUAUGCUGUUGGGAUUCGGGGAUCAGAGGGUGGGCAUUGCAACGACGAGUUUGAGGGUUGCGACGACACCUGAUGGGGAGGGAAGUCCUGCCGCUGGACCUGCAGCGAGAAUCCAGGGCACGAAGGGGGAGAUUCAGGUCAUUGGACCAUUAUAUAGACCUAUGCAUUACAGGGUCAUUAUGAUUGGUGGUGAGAAGGGUGUCGUUGAGGAUGUGGAUUGUCCAAUCCCUACCGAUCCCGAGAGGGAUGGAUGGGGCCACGGUAUGUUCUGGGAAGCCGAUGAGGCAGCAAGAUGUUUGAGGGAUGGCAAGUUGGAAAGUGAUGGGCUGGGAUGGGAGGAGAGUCUCGUGAUCAUGGAGACUAUGGAUGAGGUUAGAAAACAGGGUGGACUGGUAUACCCAGACUUGAUUGAGAGCAGCGUGUUUGAUGAGAAGAGCUCUCUCAACACUGGGAAGUGAUACAAGGAAGACUGAGAUAUAGAUCGCAAUAUCCUCAAUUCUUCUGUAGACAUACACUGGUAGAACAUGUAAUGAAUAUCUUGGA